AUGUCGUCGACGCGCCACUCUCUAGAGCCAGCAGACGUGAAGGAGACAGAUACAGCAAAGCAUGUAGAGGUCGCUGACGACUUCACUUGGACGAAGGAGGAGGAACAAAAGUUGGUUCGCAAAAUUGACCUCUUUCUGCUACCGACGAUAUGGUUGAUGUACCUGCUAUCAUACAUGGACCGCACAAAUAUCGGGAACGCGAAGAUUGCCGGUAUGGCUGACGAUCUGGGACUGAGCUCCGAUCAAUACUCUAUCGCUUUGGUAGUAUUCUUCGUGACUUAUGUCGUUUUCGAGCCGCCUUCCAACAUGCUUCUGGUCCGCCUCAAACCGUCCAUCUACCUACCCAUCAUCAUGAUAAUCUGGGGGGCCCUGACCUGUUGCAUGGCUGUCAUCAAUGACUUCAAGCAUCUCGUCGUACUCCGAAUCUUCGUUGGUGUCUUCGAAUCAGGUUUCGCGCCAGGAAUUAUCCUGAUCAUCUCUUCCUGGUACAAGAAAGACGAACAAUCGAAACGCUUUGGUGUAUACAUGUCGGCUGCGAUUCUUAGUGGUGCAUUUGGUGGUCUUCUCGCGGGUGCGAUAACUGGCGGCAUGGAGGGCACAGGUGGACUUCGUGGUUGGCGAUGGCUGUUUAUCGUGGAGGGAGCUGCCACUAUUGUAUGGGCAGUGGCUGCAUACUUCAUCCUACUGGACUUUCCUGCCAACACAAAACGACUCACCGACCGAGAGCGAGCUAUCGCAAUUGCACGCCUCCGGGAAGGCGGCGUCCGAACACACGUGGAAGGCGAGGAGAGAAUGGGCAAGGCCAAGUCUUUCCGACUCGCCGUCAUGGAUUGGAGGACUAUUUCCUUUAUCCUUGGCUACAUGGUCAUCGUUGGCUCCUCCACACUCUCGUACUUUUACCCAACGCUGAUGACUGGACUCGGUUACACGGACACGGUAACAGCUCAGUACAUGACCGUCCCUAUCUAUGCUGUCGCCUUUGUCUGUACAGCAGUCACUACAUACUUCGCCGACUCCAUUUCCAACCACCGUGGUCUCGUAAUCGCAAGUUGGCUUGGCUUUUCGCUUAUAACUUCUAUCCUAGUAUGCGUAAUCUACGACUUCAAAGCGCGAUACGCACUACUUGUUCUCAUGGCUGCUGGCCUCUGGUCCUCGAAUGCGGUUUCUCUAUCGUUCGCAAGCGCAACGUUUGGGUCCAUGCAGCCUGAGGUCAGGGCCAUCGCGAUUGCGCUUGUCAACGCGAUGGGCAACCUUGCGCAAAUAUAUGGUGCGUACCUCUUCCCUAGUGACGACAAGCCAAAGUACCUCAUGGGUUUCGGGGUCAUUUCUGGUAUGUUGGGGUUCGGUGUGGUCGUGUACAUACUCCUUCAUAUUACGUUGAGGAGAAAAGACGGCAUCACAGCGUUCUUUUGA